GAUCCGUUACGUGUUGUUGCGCGGCCAUCUUGGUUUGGCUUCGCGCUUUCUCACUGUAAAAUUUUGCUAGUAAUGUCUGAUUACACUUGAUAAGGAAGCUGUUGUAUGUGAAUUGAAACAGAGUGAUUUGUGAAUAAGGCUAUUGAAUAAAACUUAAUUAUGGAUCCGGCGAAGAUGAAAGUUGUGGAUCUUAGAUCCGAGCUUGGCGCCCUCGGUUUGGACACCAAAGGGAAUAAGCCGGCUUUAGUUGAAAGAUUGAAGAAAGCACUGGAAGCAAAGACAGGAAAAGCUCUUGCGGAUACUACUAUACUGGACACAUCUACAGAGGACAGUGACGAGCCGGCGACUCCGAGACGAGCUGUACCUGCUCCUAGGACCACUCGACGAUCCUCCUCAUCACGACUCGCGGCCACACCUGCUAAAGUACCUCCUCCGAUACGUGAAGAGCCACCUGAACCUAUACCAGAGGAACCAAAGCCAGGGGAGCCAUAUUCUCCAAGUCAAGAGGACUCUGACAAUGACGCUCCGGCUAAGGAGGCAGCACCAACCCCUGCACCGGCUCCUCAACCGGUGGCGGCGCCCGAGCCGGCGCCUGCCCCGUCACCCGUGAAGGCCCCCGAGCCAGUCGCAGCGCCAGCACCAGUCGCGGCGCCCACUCCAGCGGCAGCACCAGCGCCGGCUCCCGCGCCAGCCCCCGUCCCAGCUCCUGUUCCUGCACCCGUCGCAGCACCGGCUGAAAAGGAAGCAGCACCUGAACCUGAAAGCGAGAGUGUAGUGCCAGCUAAACAACCAGAGGCUGAACCAAUGGAUGUGCAAGAAAACCCACCACAAGCGAGUGAGGAGCCGGAAAAGAAAGAAGAAAAGGAAGGGGUUAAUGAAGAGAAAGAAGGAGAAGACAAAGAUAAAGAUAGCAAGAAAGAGCGUCAACUUACGGAAGAAGAGGAAUGGGAUCAGUUGAAUGAGCGUCUGCGUGUCCGUGAACAGGAGCGGUUAGAGAGGGAACGCAAGCAGGCCGAGGAUGACGCGCGACGCCUCGAGGAGCUCAGCAAUGACCCAGUCAGGCUGAACCGUUUGAAGCGCAAGCAUGAAAAGAAGGCUCGGUGGAGUAACUUCUACAGGGCUAUCGAAGUCACUAAUGAAGUGCUUACUCCUCCCGAGGAGGCGCAAAUGAAGGAAAGAAAGGAAGCAGCCGAGGUUAAAGUGGCUGAACCAGAGAUUGAUGACAGCAAAAUCACAUUGUCUUGGUAUGACAGUGAUCUAAACCAGUACUUGGAGUUGCCGGCGUUGAAUGGUGUGAUCCCUCUCAGCGAUGGUGCCUUUGCGUAUGCUUGGGCUGGUACUCGGGCUACGCACGGCGUCGAUGCUGGAAAAGUCUGCUAUGAGGUUCGUGUUGGCGCCACGGUCUUAACAACAGAAGGUGGAGAAAAAGAACAGAUCACCUCUGGACUGAGAAUAGGCUGGUCCACUGAGGACUCCUCCCUCAAUCUUGGUGAAGGUGAGUUCAGUUGGGCGUACGAGAGCUCCGGUCGCGCCCUCACCAACAGCGAGUUCAAGGAAUACGGAAAAACUCUCAAUGAGAAGGAUGUCGUUGGUGCUUACUUGGACUUGGAAUCUACCCCUUGCACGAUUUCCUACACGUUAAACGGCGAGGAACUCGGCAAUGCGUUUGAGUUUGACAAGGCUGCACUGAACGGCAAACCUCUAUUCCCUCACAUCUUCACUAAAAACAUGUGCUACAAAGUCAACUUCGGUUAUGACAGAUAUAACAUGUUAACAAAGACAAAGACAGUCCGCCACCGCAUCGAAGUGCCCGUGGAACAAGUUCUAGCUGAGAAGCGAGCGAUCGAAGCUGAACUGCAGCGGAAGAAGGAGGAAGCUGCCAAGAAGGAGAAGGAACGACGGGAGAAGGAGAAGGCGGAGAGAGAAGAACGACAGAGAAAGAAGAGAGAGGAACGAGAAAAACAAGAGCGUGAGAGGAAAGAGAAAGAGGCGGCGGAGAGGAAGGAGAAGGGUGAGGAGGAACCUGAACCUGCCGAGGGAGAGAACAAGGAGGACAGUGCUAAGGAUGACAGUGCCAAGGACGACGCACAGCCUAUGGAGGAAACCAGUGACGUCAAGGAUGAACCUAAGGAGAACGGUGAUAAGGCGGCGGAGAAGGCUCCCGAAGAGAAGGAAGACAAAUCCGAGCCCAUGGAGACCGAACAGAGCGAGCCCGCGCCUGAGGUCGCACCCAAAGAAGAAACUGUACCUGAGGGUGAGCUCGCUGAGGUAACAGAAGAGCAAGUACUUCAGGCCCCGCCCGGACAUGUACUGGACCCGAGGAUUCAGUUCGUCAUCCGCUACACAGUGGAGGAGGAGUUGGACGGCGAGGAGGCGUCCAUACUGCCGGGGUACGUGUUCAUCUGUAAGGCAGACAUCGUCGAGGGACCCGCCCGCCCAGCUACCAUCGCAGACUGCGAGGUGAUCCUGAUGGUGGGCAUGCCGGGCGCCGGCAAGACGCAGUGGGUGCGGGCGCACGUGGCGGCCAGCGCGCGCCGCUACUGCGUGCUGUCCACCGCCGCGCUGCUCGACCGCAUGAAGGUGGACUGUAAGCCCUUCCGCGCCAGCUACGAGGGCCGCUGGGACGCUAUGGUGUCCAAGUGCGCUAAAUGCGUGCUUAAGUUGUUGGAAAUCGCGAAGGGCCGCAAAAGGAAUUUUAUCCUUGACCAGACGAACGUAUACCCGUCGGCCCAGAGGCGGAAGCUCAGGGAAUUCGACGGGUACCGGCGGGUCGCAGUCGUCAUAGUGACCGACGACGACACCUACCGCGACCGACAGAAACGACGCGAGGAGAUCGACGGCAAGGAGGUGCCCGACGGGGCUAUCGUGGACAUGAAAGCCAACUUCGCGCUGCCCGAGAAGUGCUCGUGGCUAGACGAGGUGAUAUUCCCCGAGCUGAGCGGCGAGGCGGCCGCUGCAGUAGUGGACGCGUACCACCGCGAGGCGCGCGACUCGCACCGCCGCGACCGCUCCGACGACAGGGACCUGCCGCCCGCCAAGCGACAUCGCUCCAGCGACAAGCGACACCCGCGCGACGACAGGCGCAGGGACUUCUCCCGCGGGGAUAGAGAGGACCGUUGGGGUGGCAGCACGGGGUCCGGCGGCGGCGGCGGCGGCGGCGGGGCCCGCUGGGGCGGCGCGGGCCGCGGCGGCAGUCGCUGGGGCCCGCGCGAGCCGCGCCCGCCCUCCAACACUCGCUUCGACCGACCCUGGCAGGGACCGCCGCAACCUGGCGCGCCCGCCGGACCUAACCGAUAUGACAACGACUUCCGCGGCGGAUCAGGUCGCGGCGGGCGCGGCGGCGGCGGGCGCGGCGACCGCGGCGGCCGCGGCGGCGCGCCCCCCAACAACGACAGGUUCGCGCGGGACAGGCACUCGCGGCCCAACGACCGCGGACCUGACAAGAGACACCAUCAACCUGGCGGCGCGGGUAACAAUGGCGGCGGCGCGGGGUCGUGGCAGCGCGGCGCGGGCGGCCCGCGCGGGGCCAUGCAGACACGGCCCGGCCACGCGCCCGGACCGCACCAACGACCCAACCAGCCCAACCAGAAGGAUGGACAGAAUCAAAACCAAAACCAGAACCAGGCCAACCAACAGGGAUGGAACCAGUGGGCCGGCGGAUGGGGAGGAUGGGGCAACUGGAACCAAAACCAAGGUUGGGGCAACUGGGGUAACUGGGGCAACUGGGGCAACCCUCAGCAGCAGUCGGGCGGCGGCGCGGCGGGCGGCGGCGCGGCGGGUGGCGCGGGCGGCAAGGCGGGCGCCGCCGCCUGGCCCGCCGCGGCCGCCGCGCCCGCCGCCUACAGCGCGCAGCAGUGGUACCAGUGGCAGCAGUGGCAGCAGCAGCAGCAGCACGCCUGGCCCGGGUAUCAGCAAGGUAACCAAGCUGGAAACACACCUGACGCCCAAGCGUGGGCACAGUACUACCAGAACUACGGCAACGCCAAUGCAAACAACGCCGCUAACAAUGCAGUCACCGGCUCCGAGAAAAAGUGAUGUUCACUUUCUAACGAUACUCCGCGCUUGUGACGUCCGACCGACGUAGCGGCCGACACCUUCAUGUACGACCCUUACGUAGCCAACCUCGCCUGCCUGCUUCACUACACAGCCGGAUAUCAUGCCUAGAUAUAUUCAAAGACAAUACUUGUUAGUUUCCAAAGUAUUCAGACCCUCUUUUUGACCUAAAUUGCAGUGUUAUUCUAUGUAAAUCGUGUCAGAGUAUGUAAUAUGUGUUUGUUAAGGUAAAUUACAGUUCAUGUUGAUAUUUACAAUAUAUUAAGUAACUUUUCUAUAGAUUAAGUAGUUCAAAAUGGUUGUUUAUAAAUACCUUUUUAUUAUGUCAGUUAGGGUCGUAAACAUAAUGUUAACGCUAAGGUCAAAUAUUCGAAUACAUCGUCAUCGCUGUACCUAAGUGUACUCAAAAAUUGUAUUAUUGAUACAUGUUUUUCUACAGAAUUUAGGUAAUAACCAAAAUAAUUAAAAAGUAUUGCAGCAAUAAUAAAUUGAUAGGUUGCUCUGAGUUAACUUUGUUUUUUGAUUUAUAGCAAAUGUUAAAUACAUUCUGUUUUUACCUUUAUUGUUUUCGGUAUCAUAUUGUUUAUGAUUGGUGCAAUACUUUUUGUCCUGUGAAUGCUAGACUUGAAAGUUUCAGCUGAAAGCAGUCUGGAAAAUAAUAUAACAGGUUUCAUGUUUGUUGUCCUAUACAUAUAUACAUAGUCAUUGUAUAUGUGAUUGUUGCACUGAUUUUUUUUUAAUUCAAUAUGCAAUUGACACAAUUUUACAAAAUAUAAAAUGAAAUGUUUCAUUGAAAGAAACUAGGCUAAUAAGAAUAUUAUCACGAUUUUACAAAGUUUUAAUAUAUUUGCUAAAAUUUUAGUCAGGACACUGUUCCCUUACGUCUAAAUUAGAAACCUGCAUUUUUGUUUUAUUUUUUUUGUUGUAUGUGAUAGUAAUUGUGUCACGUUGAGUGCUGACAAUAUUUAGCACGGAAUAUCUCAUUGUUAUGUGUGAAUGCGCAAGAUUUUAUCUAGUACAACGAUGUAUGUUAAUAUAAAACUUCACAUUGCACAUACUUUCAAUAGUCAAGUUGUAGUUAAGACACGAAUCUAAUGAUUAUAUGAUUUAUCAUUUUGAGAAAAUGCUCGUUCAUACAACAACUUUGUUAUUAGUAGAUAUUAUUUGCGUUUUAGUUUAUAAAAGUUCUGUUUAGUUGGUUGAGUAUCGCGACGAGCAUUUCCCAAUGUAGUAUUCGCCACGACAAUACUAAUAUCUCAAUAUUUUUACACCAUUAAUCAACUCAACGAUACAAAGUUUCCCAUAUACUUGGGUGACGUGUUUAUAUUGCUACCUGCCCGUUAUAGGGGGUGACUCUAAUUUUAGCUAUUUUAGGUAAUAAUUAUAUAAAUCGGGGGUGUAAGUAAAUGUAAGUUUUUUAAUGACUAAGUUACACAUAAGUAACUGACGGCGACUGCGCGAGUGAAUGAUGAGCUUAUAGCUUCGUGUACAAAUGUUUUAGUUAGGAAUGUGAGUGUGAAUGUCACUACUGAUAAUGAUUUAGUAAUAAAAGAUAUGCAAUAAGA